AUUACGCGUGCGCCGACACGAUUACUACCGGGACCACUGGACAACUACCAACCGACAGCAAUCGAAACCAAAAAGCCCGCACGGUAAUCGUCGGCGACUACAUUCACCGUGAGAACAUCAAGAAAACGGAAACCCUGGACGCGAGUAUGGCGUUCUCAUACGUUACAUUCUCGAGCUGUUGCAUCGAUCAUGCUUUGUCCUUGUCAUGCAAAAUUACCAAAACCCGCCACGCGAGCAAGGCACUUUGCAUGACAAAGGCAAAGCUUCGAAGGGCUUGGGCUACACAGAAUGGAAAUUGGUUGUGCCGAAUUUGUGAUGCGAGAGUUGCAGCAACAAGCCCCUGUCAUAUUUGCUAUUCUUGCAGUUGCAUCACAAAGUCAUGGAAAGGUCGUUGAGAAUGUAACGUUUGAGGACCGGAUACCGAACAGCUGUA